AUGGCUACUCCUGCGGAGCAGCAAGCCGCCGCCAACUCUUUCAUCCAAGAAGUAUGGGGUCUUCAAGGUGUGGCGUACUUGGUUAUCACCUACACGGCCGAAUCAGUAGCAGCAUAUUACGUCGUGGCGUACUGGAAAGCACUCGCAAAUAACGGCAUAACACCCGAGCAAAGAGAAGCAUUACGAAGUGACCCCGAUAGUCCGGAAUGGGAGCUGCGCAUCAACGGCUCCAAGACACAUGUUAUUGGUCUUAUCCUCUACAUGACACUUCUAUGGCUGUUGAAGGGCUACUGGAUUGUUUACUACAUGCGCCUGACUGAAGGUGUUAGCUCAGCCAAGCGAGUUGCCUACUGGGGUGCCUACAUCAUGCCCAUCACCUACGUUUCCUGCCUCCUAGUUGCGUUCCUCAAGUGCAUACCGUUCGAAAAACAAUGGCAGAUUGACCCAGAGCCUCCGAACUCUUGCAUGCCUGCCAUCACGUACAUCCAGACCCUCUAUGUCAUGGCCAUGAACACAAUCACAGACUUUUAUCUCAUGGCUAUUCCUCUCCCCAUGGUUUGGCGAGCUAGGAUGCCCUGGAGGAAGAAGAUUAUCAUCAUGGUCAUGUUCAGCGGUGCUUUCCUUGAGAUGGCCUUUGGUAUCCUGCGUGCUGUCUCUAUCCUCACUAAAGGUAACACUGACCCCGCCCAGUCUGGCUACUGGUCUGUUCGUGAAUCCUUUGUCAGCUUCGUCCUCACCAACAUGCCCAUGGUCUACCCUCUUGUCAAGAGAUUUAUCGAGAAGAGCGUCAGCAGCUCCAAGGGCAACAGCCGACCAGGUCUCGGCGACAGCCAAGGCUACCGCCUAGAAAGCUACAAGAACAAGUCGGCUUCUCGACCACGACCAGAUGAGAGGGACCUGGGCGAUACAGUCUGGGGUUCCAAGGAGCACAUCGUCGCCACCGAGACCAUCGACAAGGGACAAUCGAGUGGAGACGACGCGUCGUUG